AUGACGAGCUCAGAGAUGGUUGAAGAUGAUGCUACAGUGGAAGCGGAGCGACAGCGAAAGGCUGACGUGAUGGCUGCCAGUGCAAAAGCUAGAGCCACCAAUGCUCAGGCUUGA